CGUCAUCAUGGUAAAAGGUAGAACACUGAGGUAGAACAUAGAAAAUGGCUACUUGUAAGAGCGGUGAUCAGCAACACAGAAACGAUUUAGAAGUUUUGGAAAUAUUUAAUUCUCUCAUAGCACAGACCGUUAAAUCAGGGGAAUUGAUUUGUUCCAAAAGAAUAAAACGUAUUCUUGGAGAUGAUAUUGUCGAUAGUUUAAGAGCGAAGAAAGAUAGCAACGAGAGUAAGGUGAAUUUUAUAUUGGAAUGCAUAUUACACAGUGAUUACUCCGACAAAUGGGACUCGUUGACUGAGGCACUGACGAAUGUGGAAUUUGCUUUUGUUCCUAAAAUCUAUUCAAAAGAAUACAAUCCGGAAAUAAUACCACGAUUACGCAAACUAGUUCAAGCUUUGAAAAAUGAAGAAGUUGAGCCUGAGAAACUGUCAAAAGUUCUAAAAGAUAAUGAAGUGCUGUUGGAAGUAGAUGUGCAAAAUAUUGAAACAGAAUGUUAUAACAGAGGAAAUAAAGCAGGAUUGAUAGUUUUGAUCGACCGAGUCAUUAAUUCGUCGUCCAGUAAUUGGUAUAUAGAGUUGACAAGAAGUUUAUAUGAAGUAGGAUUGGAGAGAGCAGCUAAACAUUUGGAAUCAGACUCCUCUAAAAAGAGCAUGGAUGCAGUUGAUGCUGCAGACGACAUAUCAAUAGAUGAUCAUUGGAGAAAACUGAUCGUUGAGUUGUUUCGUAAACAAAUAGUCCAGAAAGUCACACCAUCCGAUUUAUUAGGAAAUAUUGGGACCUUAUUUAGUCCAGAAGAGAAACGAGAAAUUCGUACUAUUGAAGAUGAAUCGCCACAUAGAGCAAUGGAGAAAGUUCUGGACCUUUUAGACAAUAAAGAAAUUCCUGGAAAAUGGCAAGCAUUCAAAAGAGCUUUAGUUGAUGCAGGAUUGAUAUGGCUCAACGAAUUCAUUGAAGGCAGUUUUACGGUUUGUGCAGAGGCUGAACAAUGGGAAAACGCUAUUAAUUUGUUUGAAUGCAAACUUUCCAAGAACAUAAAACCAAGGGAAAUAUUACCAUGGUUGUCCCAAGAAAAGCUUAUCAAUGACAUAGAUAAACAGGCAAUACUAAAAAUUGACACACAAAAAGGUGAAAUAUUGGCUGCAUACCGUUUAUUAUCGUGCUUAUCUAAGAGACAGCCAAAUUCAUGGUAUCCGAAGUUUAUGGAGAUUCUUUACAUUAAUAAAUAUGAAGAACUUGUCUUUGAAGUUGACUCAGAUAUGUUCAAAGAGAUACAGAAAACAUAUGGACACAAUCCCUCUGACGUACGGCUUAAGUCUAGUAUCCCAGAAUGCACUGUUGCUGAAGCAAAUGCAAACGAAUUUGACGUUAAACAAAACUAUGUAUCAGUUUCAGAAAAUUAUAGAAAAUCAACAAACAAUUUGAGUUGCCCAAAAGAGAAACAUGAAGAUUCAAUGGACGAGUUACAAGAUUCUAUUAUGUCGAGCUUGAUGUCAUUUGACGAAAAUAAUCUUCGUUCACAUGAUGAAACGUCAGAAAAAAAUGUGUUUACUACUGAAUCAACCAAGCCACAAGUGGUUGAUAAAGAUAUGUCGUUGUCAUCAGAUUCUAGGGAAAGAGAACCAAAUUCGAUAUUAUUUGAACGUAUCAAUAGGGACCUAGCUAUUGCUGUUAGUGAAACUCCAGAAGAAAUACAACACAACAUACUUCAAAUGCCUUAUGAUGAUGUGGAAAGCGAUUCAGAUUCAGAUGAUGAAACAAUACCGAAAAAAGUUUUAAACCUAAGAGAAUACCAGAAGGAACUAGCAGAACCUGCUAAGGACGGAAAGAACUGUCUGAUCGUUGCACCAACAGGGUGUGGAAAAACUCAUGUAAUUAUGGAUAUCAUACAGGAUCAUAAUUCUAAAAUGUCUCGUAAAGGCUUAAUAGUUAAAGUUGCUGUAUUGGUGGAACAACAAGCUCUGGCUGAACAGCAGGCAGAAAGAUGCAAAGAAUAUCUCCAACCACUAAGAGUAAAACUUAUCACCGGAGAAAUACACAGAGAGGAAAAACUUCCAACACCGUUAUCAUCUUGGUUGAAAAGGAGGGACAUUUUAGUGAUAACAUCUGCAUUACUCGACAACUCUCUGAAGUCCGGCGAUACAAAGAUUGAAGAUUUUACCUUGCUAGUGUUUGACGAAUGCCAUCAUGCCAAGGAUAAACAUUCGUAUGCUAGAGUUAUGCAUUACUACAUGGACCGAAAAUUUGACGACAAUUUUCAACGAGAAAGACUACCCAAGGUGAUUGGUUUAACUGCAUCUGUAGGUGUUGGGAAGUCAAAUAAAAUUCCUGGUGCAAAAAAUCAUAUAAAAGCCACAAUGUCAAAUUUAGACGCAGAGGAAUUGGUUACAGUGAAGAGAAACAGAUUGGAACUAUCAGAACACGUUGUAGUACCGGACAAAGGUAUUAUUGUUGCACCUGCAAGACAGAAAGAUCAUUUUGGAAAAACUCUUGUUAAAUUAAUGGAAAGCACAGAAAAACACAUCUUUACUACUCCAUAUGCAAAGAUGAUUGGAAAGGAUAGCAAUCUUAAAGCACCUACCGAGAAGGGAUCAGACGCAUACACACAGUGGAUCAGUAGACUUAGAAGAGAAACGGCUCAAAUAAAAGAAGAGGCUAGACGUUAUAUAACAACUUGGAGAAACUAUUUAAAUGUCUACAACGAGGCACUGAUUAUAUAUGAAGACGCCCGUGUAAAAGAUGCCACAAACUACUUAGAAGAUAAGAUGUAUGAUCUCAAUGAAGGGAUUAUAAAAAAUGAGAUAGAUGACACCAUGAAAAGGCUUUAUGACAUUACAAAGCCAAUGUUUGUGGCAUGUAUAGAUGAUAAAAGCUAUGAAAAUCCAAAAUUAAAGGAACUAAAAAGCGUAAUUUUCAAAAUGCUGAGAGAAAAGAGAGAUUCGAGGAUUAUAGUUUUUAUUAAAACAAGAGAUCUGGCAGAUGCCAUGGUUAACUGGAUGAGAGAAACAGAUGGACUAGACAGAUUAAAACCCCAUAAAUUUGUUGGAGCACAGGCCGCUGGAGCCAAGGGAGGUAUGACAAAGAAAGACCAGACGGAGAUACUGAAGUUGUUUAAAGAUGGUAAUCGUCAAAUUGUAUGUGCUACAUCUGUAGCUGAGGAAGGCCUUGAUAUCCCAACUUGUAACUUGGUCAUUAGGUAUGAUCAUGUCACAAACGAAACAGCUAUGAUACAAUCUAGAGGAAGGGGUAGGGCUGAAGGUUGUCAAUUUAUCAUCAUCGCAAGUGAAAAGAGGAAAACUGCAGAGAAAGAAGAAAUUAAUGAAAUUAGAGAGGAAAUAAUGAAAGAAGCCAUCGAAGACAUCCAAUCGGACAUCAAAGAUAACAAAGAGGAGUUUGUGGAAGAACUGGAAGAAGUCCAGAGACUGGCGAAAAAGAAACGCGACAAAGAUGCUUUAUCCGAAAAAGUUUGUUCAGAGAACAAGGAACUUGAACUGAGAUGUGAGAAAUGUAACCAUUAUAUUUGCAUGUCAACAGACAUCAGGAAAAUACAAGAUGCUCACCAUGCUGUGGUAAAUGAUGAGAUAAGGAAAAAUGUUACGGUUAUAAAGUGUAAUUCAAAGCGGAUUGAUCAUCAAAUAAGUGUAAAUGCUGGCAAAGUUAAAUGUAUAAAUUGUGGUAGUGGUCUAGGCCAAAUAAUAAAGUUUAGUGAAGCUCAAUUCCCUGUUUUGAAAAUUGAGCAUUUUUAUGUAACAGAUACUACUGGGAAAAACAGCUACUACAAAAAAUGGAAAAGUGUACCGUUUAAACCCACAGCGCUAUCUGAUGACGACCUUGAAUCAAGACUACAGGGUCCUCAGUAUGUUGACAUCUAGGAACGGUUACCCAUUAUGCCAAUCUGAUCAAAAUACAUUCUUAAAAACAGAGCUUAUAACGUUAUUUGUUUUCCAAUUUCUUUUUCUAACAUCGCUUUUAAGGUCUUAUCGUUCAUUACAUUAGUUAUAUGAAACAAAACAUAAUCGUUUUGAAAU